AGAAGAGGAGGAAGAGGAGGAGGAGAGCAGGGGUCAGAUGGGAGGGAUGAUCAGGACGGCGACCCAGUUCACCCCGCAAACCAAACCGGACGACCGCCCACAGCUGAUCAAAGGAUGCAAUUAGUGAGAUUUUAAGGGUGAUUCAAGUUUAUAAAAACAUCCAGCUGCAUUUCCCCCUGGAGAGAGAGAGAGAGAGAGAGAGAGAGAGGGAGGGAGGAAGGAAGGAAGGAAGGAAGGAAGAGGGAGGGACUGAGGAGUAGAGAGGAGCUGGAGUUUUAGGUUUCCCAAGCAUCUGGAUGUCUGGCAGGGAGAGACGAAAAAAGGAAAAGGGCUCGGAUUUAUGGAAAACUGUCCCGAAGCAAAGGUAAAAGGCAGAAAAAGCACGCGCAGAGGGGAGAGAAGAGGAAAAUAAGGAGGAGAAAGUUGUUUUUCCAGCGGGACGGGUGCAGCAUCGCAGCGAGCAGCAGGAAUGUUACCGGUGAUCCUGACAGUUUACCUCAAUGACACCCAGCAGAUGCUAACUGAGGUCCCUGUCACUCCAGCGACCAGAGUUAUCGAUGUGGUGGAGUACUGCAAAGAGGCCGGUGAGGGGGAGUGUCACCUAGCUGAAGUAUGGAACGGGCAUGAGCGAGUUCUCCCUCAGGAGUUGUUAUUGUUGGAUCUCCUUCAGCAGUGGGGAGCCAGGAGGCCCGAGGUCAGCUUCUACCUCAGACACUGCCCUUCCUGGACACAAGGAAGUCAGCAGCCUUUGGAGCAGAGCUGGACCACAGCAGCAACAGCAGAAAGUGCUAAUGACAAGGUUCCCCGUGUGGAGCUGACCCUCUCUGAGCUCCAAGAAAUGGCCACAAGACAACAACAACAAAUAGAGGCUCAGCAACAGAUGUUGCUCGCCAAGGAACAGAGACUGAGGUAUCUUCAGCAAGGAGGCAGAUCCAACCAGGGACAGUCACAGUCUGAAGCUGAGAAGCUGCAGCGGCUCAAAGAGCGAGUGGAGACGCAGGAAGCGAAGCUGAAGAAGAUCCGAGCCAUGAGAGGCCAAGUCGACUACAGCAAACUGAUCAACGGAAACCUCUCUGCAGAGAUUGACCAUGUGAGCAGCCUGUUUCAGGAGAAGCAGGCGGAGCUGCAGACUGCGGUGAUCAGAGUCGACCAGUUGACUCAGCAGCUGGAGGAUUUGAGGAGAGGACGCCUGCAGCUACACUCUGGUGCACCAGGUCAGGGGGCACCCACGGGACCCCAGGGUGCAGGCACUGGUCAUAAGGGAUCGCCUCUUUCAGGCCCUGCAGCUCUGGAGCUGAGGAAACUUUACCAGGAGCUGCAGGCUCGUAACCGGCACAAUCUGGAGCAGAGCAGCAAGUUGGCCCAGAAUAAGGAGCUGCUGAACAAGAGGAACGCCCAGGUGACCGUGAUGGAUCAACGCAUCGGUGACCUGAGAGAACGCCUGCAUAAGAAGAGAGCAGAGUUAAGUCGUAUGAAUGGAGGCACUCUGUCCUCCCCUCAAAGCUCUUCCCACCCCGGUGCUGGAGUUUCGGGUCGAGUGGCAGCUGUCUGCCCCUACAUCCAGGUUCCAUCCGAGGGGAGACAAGAGCCAGGGUACCCGCUCCCAGCUGACCCACCGCCCAAACCCACCCCUCUCAGCCACAUUCGCUCCCUCUCAGAGGAAGAGAGGAGUGCCAUCAGGAAGCCUCCCAGCCAAUGGAAAGAGUCAGAUUUAGACAUCGUCCUGUCAGAGCCCACUGAGCGGUGGGAGGGGCCUCUGUCCCCUCAGGGGGGCGACAGUAACACCAAUGAAGCACCGUGGCCCACCAUCACUAAGAGCGUAACAGACUGGAGGACCAACAGUCCAGAACAGCUUCCCUCUGGUUAUGGUACGUACCCCAGUGCCACCCACCAGGCAGCUGCACAUCACUGCGCCACGAGCUCCCUGCCUCGUUCUGCCCCUGGUACACUGGGUUGGCCUCGAUCCGGUGCCGCCUCAUCCCCCCAUCCAUCAUCCCCCUCUUCACAGCAAAUACAGCACCGUAUUUCUGUCCCUCCUAACUCAAGCCAAGGUUCUGCCACCACCUCCCAGCCCUCCCCGCUGUCCCCACAAACAGAGCGGACAGAUCCCCCUCCGGCGGUGGCCGUACGUCCCUACGUCCCGGACCAUCCCUCCAGGCCACAGUCCCCCAGGAAGGGCCCUGCUACUAUGAACAGCAGCUCCAUCUACAGCAUGUACCUACAGCAGCCUCAGGCCAAAAACUACGGAUCUCUGAGCAACAGGGCUACUGUCAAAGCAGUCUACGGUAAACCCAUCCUCCCCUCCUCCUCCACUUCUCCAUCCCCUGUCUUUUUCCUCCAGGGGGGAGGAGGAGGAGUAAAAAUAUCAGGGGAGGAAGCUACAGAUAAAGAUGGAGGAAAAGGAGAAGGAGGAGAGAGCGGCGAGGGCCAAAUUCAACCUCCACCCAGUGUGGACAACAUCCCUCGUCCCCUCAGUCCCACUAAGCUCACCCCAGUUGCCCACUCUCAGCUCCGAUACCAGAGCGAUGCAGACCUGGAGGUUCUCCGCCGCCGCUUCAGCAACGCGCCGCGGCCCCUCAAGAAACGGAGCUCGAUCACUGAACCUGAAGGCCCUCAGGGGCCAAACAUCCAAAAACUGCUCUACCAGAGGUUCAACACAUUAGCAGGAGGCAUGGAGGGAAGCUCAGGCAAUACUUUCUACCAACCGGACUGCCUUUUGGGAGACAUGGACAACAUUCAUUCAGCUAAUGGAAACGUAGAACGUGGAGAUAAACAGGUCACUGCAGCAGCCGCGGAGAGUGAAGCCCAAAACCUGAAUUCGGAUUCCCGCCGUUCGUCUCCUCCUGCAGUUACGACAGAAUUAUCCAAAGAGACAACAGCAGCGGCAGAGACUGGCAACGGCGUCUCACCAUCGACCCAAUCAAGCCCGAUUCCUGUACCUGAGAGACCAGAGGACCAAAAUAAUAACAACCAGAGAGGCUCUAGUCCUGCUCAAAACUCAGUUGGCCACAUCUCUCCUUCACCAUCUCCUCCUGCCCCGCCCACUCUGCCUAAGGUAAAGCGAACCAACCUGAAGAAGCCGUCAUCAGAGCGAACCGGUCACGGCCUGAGAGUCAAGUUUAACCCUCUGGCUCUUCUCCUGGAUGCGUCAUUGGAGGGAGAGUUUGACCUGGUGCAGAGAAUCAUAUAUGAGGUGGAAAACCCCAGCAUGCCCAACGACGAAGGCAUAACACCUCUUCAUAACGCCGUCUGUGCUGGUCAUCACCAUAUUGUGAAGUUCCUGCUGGACUUUGGAGUUAACGUGAACGCAGCCGACAGUGACGGAUGGACCCCGCUGCACUGUGCAGCUUCAUGUAACAGCGUCCACCUCUGCAAGAUGUUGGUGGAGUCAGGGGCGGCCAUUUUUGCCACAACGAUCAGCGACGUGGAAACAGCCGCGGACAAAUGUGAAGAAAUGGAAGAGGGCUACACCCAGUGUUCCCAGUUCCUUUACGGUGUGCAGGAAAAGUUGGGUGUGAUGAACAAAGGUUUAGUCUAUGCCCUGUGGGACUACACAGCCCAGCAGUCUGAUGAGCUCUCCUUCAGCGAAGGUGAUGCUAUCACUGUGGUGCGUCGCCAUGACGACACUGAGACAGAGUGGUGGUGGGCGCGCCUGAAUGACCGCGAGGGAUACGUGCCCAGAAAUCUGCUGGGGCUGUAUCCAAGGAUCAAACCCAGACAACGCUCACUGGCAUAAAGCCCAGAUCAGGAGCCUCAUGCUCGAAGAGGGGGCAUGCAUGCAGGAAAGAAGAAGAAGAAGGAGAAGAAGGAGCAGAAUGAGGGGAGGACAAAGAUGGAGCCACUUUCUUCUAUUUGUGUGGAUGCAACAGAGCCAAAUCGUGAUAGAUGCAGUGUGCAUUUUCACCAAGAUGUUGCAGAGCUGACGUAAAUUCAUAACUCAAAGUGUUCAGCUGCAUGAGAAAUGCUGAAUGAAAAAAAAAGAGUAUUAAAAAAGCAAUUAAAGCUUUUUUAAAGCUCCACGCAGCUUAAAAUAUGAAACAAUGAGCUUGGAGUCAUAAAGCUCUGUCUGAUAUUCUCCAAAUAUUCUUUAAAUGUCGCUUUAUUUUUGUACUGUGUUAAUUUUAAAUAAUGCCAGCCUCAUCAGCGACAUAGCAAAGGAAUGCGCUCUUUCUCAGCUACAGUGGAAACACCUUCACGCUGCACGGCGUGAAGAUUUGUAAAUGCAGUAAAUUUACAGGCUGAAAGUACGUGUGAGAUGUGAAAUGUGAAAGUGGAGCCGGAAAGAGGAAAGUGAGGGGAGGGUAAACAACGUUAACGGGAGUCAGGUUUCGGCAGAAAAUGAAUCAGAGGAAAAGAGUUGGAAGUGCAACCACAAGACUGUGACACGUGGAAGCUGGGAUCUGCAUCCACCCACGCACGGUGAAGCAAAAAGGUUUGAAGUCAAGUCAGAAUAAUGGGCUGUUUCUGAGUUCAUAAUCUGACAUUCAAGCAUUUGUCAACUAUUAUGGGAUGAAUGCACGCUCUCACAUGUACAUGUGUUCGACUGCCAAAAUGGUUGUUGAGGGUAAAGGAGGAGAAAGGGGGAAAAGAGGAAGGAAAACAAGAAUGAGGAGAAAAGGGUGUGAAAGUGAAGGAUGGGUGAUACUUUUAUUUAGAGGAGAUAAAAAAAAAUGCUGCUAGUUGUUGCAUAUUUUUCUUCAGACUAAAGAUACCGACCCUCAUGUAAAAACUGACGAUUAACCCAUUAAUUAAACGCUACUCUGUCAAUCUGCUGUUAAAUGUGUUAAAUUAAAGGUCCUGUGGCUGCUCAGAAAGGUGGCUUCAAGGAAAGCCCAGCCUAAUUCUGGCCUGGGAAAGAGAACCUGUGUCAGUGUUGAAAUGGGGCUAAAUUAGCCGUGAGUGGAGGAAGAACUGCUUCCACUGCUUCUGCUUCUGGCCCUGAUUUAUAUUGCUUUAUUUAAAACAAAACAUUGCUUUCUAUUAUUAUUUUUCUCAUUACUAGCACACGCUGCUCCUGUUUCUUUUCAUGUAUCAGUGCUGGUGCUGCUCACUGCUGCCACCUAGUGUACAGGAAAGGUUUGCCACAAAAUAUAGCGCCGUUUUCUUCAGCACGAGCUGUGUAAAAUAUGAAGCAAUAAGAUGAGUGAUGUUUGGUGUGAGAGUGAGAUAUUGUUCUGAGAAGUGCUUACCAUCACUUUGUGUAUAUGCAAACUGUAACUAUACAGCUACUGUACAAUAUUAAUAAAGAAAUUAUAAUCCCUACAGAGAAAAAUAA